GUCUGCUCCUGCGGAGGAGAGGUGCGCGAGACGAGAGACGCGGGAAGGAGAGGGACGGAGGCGGGGAGGAGUAGUGGUGAAGUCAAUGCCGCCGCCAUCGCCGCUCCUCCGUUCCUCCGCCUUCGUCGUCUUGCUGCUCCUGGUGUGUCGCCCGUUGUUGGUCGCCAAUGGGAGGGCCACGCCGCCUUCUCCGGGAUGGCCACCGGCGGCUCAGCCCGCGCUGCAGCCUGCACCCACCGCCAGCGGCGGCGUGGCCUCCGUGCUUCCUUCGGCCGUGGCGCCUCCUCCCUUAGGUGUGGUUGUGGCGGAGAGGCACCACCACCUCAGCAGGGAGCUCGUCGCUGCCAUUAUCCUCUCAUCCGUCGCCAGCGUCGUGAUCCCCAUUGCCGCGCUGUAUGCCUUCUUGCUGUGGCGACGAUCACGGCGAGCCCUGGUGGAUUCCAAGGACACCCAGAGCAUAGAUACCGCAAGGAUUGCUUUUGCGCCGAUGUUGAACAGCUUUGGCUCGUACAAGACUACCAAGAAGAGUGCCGCGGCGAUGAUGGAUUACACAUCUUUGGAGGCAGCGACAGAAAACUUCAGUGAGAGCAAUGUCCUUGGAUUUGGUGGGUUUGGGUCUGUGUACAAAGCCAAUUUUGAUGGGAGGUUUGCUGCUGCGGUGAAGAGACUGGAUGGUGGGGCACAUGAUUGCAAGAAGGAAUUCGAGAAUGAGCUAGACUUGCUUGGGAAGAUUCGACAUCCGAACAUCGUGUCCCUUGUGGGCUUCUGCAUUCAUGAGGAGAACCGUUUCGUUGUUUAUGAGCUGAUGGAGAGUGGGUCGUUGGAUUCGCAACUUCAUGGGCCAUCACAUGGUUCAGCUCUGAGCUGGCAUAUUCGGAUGAAGAUUGCUCUCGACACAGCAAGGGGAUUAGAGUACCUGCAUGAGCACUGCAACCCACCGGUUAUCCAUAGGGAUCUUAAGUCAUCUAACAUACUUUUAGAUUCAGACUUCAGCGCUAAGAUUUCAGACUUUGGCCUGGCAGUGACUAGUGGGAAUCACAGCAAAGGGAAUUUAAAGCUUUCUGGGACUAUGGGCUAUGUGGCUCCUGAGUACUUAUUAGAUGGGAAGCUGACUGAGAAGAGCGAUGUAUACGCGUUUGGGGUAGUACUUCUAGAACUCCUGCUGGGAAGGAAACCUGUCGAGAAGAUGGCACAAUCUCAGUGCCGAUCAAUCGUUACAUGGGCCAUGCCUCAGCUAACUGAUAGAUCCAAGCUCCCGAACAUAAUUGAUCCCAUGAUCAAGAACACAAUGGAUCUGAAACACUUGUACCAAGUUGCUGCAGUGGCCGUGCUCUGCGUGCAGCCAGAGCCGAGUUACAGGCCACUGAUCACCGACGUGCUUCACUCACUGGUACCUCUAGUGCCCACGGAGCUUGGAGGAACGCUGAGGAUCGGCCCGGAAUCGCCCUACCUACGCUACUAAGAAGCAGUCUCCCAUUUGAGUCGAAUGAAACUAUCUCUCAUGGAGUUUGGAAUUGCUGGUUCAGUAUGGCUCGUCCAAGUGUGGUCCAGAUAAGUUAUGAGGUCGACCACGAGGGUUAUUGCUCCUUGCUUUGCAUUGCCUUCCUUCCAUGGUGUUUUGUCUUGAGUGCCAAUCCGAGACAUGUCGGAGUGAAUUGGCACGGUUUUUGGAUUUGUGGAGGAGGGCUAUGUAUUUCUUUUGGCUAUAUAAGAAAGUAAAAAAAAAAAAAGAAGCCCCCGUAUGGUUCUG